AUGACUGGAUAUACGAUGUUGCGGAAUGGGGGAGUGGGGAACGGAGGCCAGCCAUGGGUGUUGAGAUGGUCCAGUCGGAUCCGGCUCACCUGGCUUAGUUUCACCCUCUUCAUUAUCCUCGUCUUCUUUCCCCUCAUUGCCCACUACUACCUAACCACCAUCGAUGACGCGGACGAUGCCGGCAAGCGCAUCUUUGGCCCUCGGACCGGCAACGAGCUGUGCGAGGUAAAGCAUGUGCAAGACCUGUGCCGCAUCCGCGAGUCGGUCAGCGAGGAGCUGCUCCAGCUGGAGGCCAAGCGGCAGGAGCUCAACAGUGAGAUUGCCAAGCUCAACUUGAAGAUUGAGGCCUGCAAAAAGAGCAUUGAAAAUGCCAAGCAGGACCUGCUGCAGCUGAAGAACGUCAUCAGCCAGACCGAGCAUUCCUACAAAGAGCUGAUGGCUCAGAACCAGCCCAAGCUCUCCUUGCCCAUCCGGCUGCUGCCAGACAAAGAUGAUGCAACCUUUCCCCUGCCAAAAUCCAACCGGAACUGCAGGCUACACAACUGCUUUGACUACUCACGCUGCCCGCUGACAUCUGGCUUUCCAGUCUAUGUCUACAACAGUGACGAUUACCCUUUUGGUAGUUCCUUAGACCCUUUAAUUAAACAAGCCUUUGAGGCGACUGUCAGAACUAAUGUUUAUGUUACUGAAAAUGCAAAUAUUGCUUGUGUGUAUAUAAUUUUAGUGGGGGAAAUGCAAGAGCCCGUAAUGCCAAAACCUACUGAACUAGAGCAACAGUUGCACUCUUUGCCAUAUUGGAGGACUGAUGGACAUAACCAUCUCAUCAUCAACUUAUCAAGGAAAUCGGAAACUCAGAACUUCAUUUACAACAUCAGCACAGGGCGGGCCAUGAUUGCCCAGUCCACCUUUUACGAUGUGCAGUAUCGACCAGGGUUUGAUAUUGUGGUAUCACCUCUGGUCCAUGCUAUGUCUGAACCCAACUUCCUAGAAAUCCCGCCCCAGGUGCCAGUCAAGCGUAAAUAUUUGUUUAGUUUCCAGGGGGAGAAGAUCGAGUCUCUCAGAUCUAGCUUGCAAGAGGUUCGCUCUUUCGAAGAGGAAAUAGAAGGCAAUGCCCCAGCUGACUACGACGAUCGGAUCAUCACCACCUUGAAAGCUGUUCAGGACAGCAAGCUGGACUUUGUUUUGGUGGAGUUCACGUGUAAGAACCAGCCUAAGGCGAGUCUGCCCACUGAGUGGGCUCUGUGUGGAGAAAGGGAUGACAGACUAGAGCUACUGAAGCAAUCUACUUUUGCACUGAUAAUCACCCCAGGGGACACCCAUUUAGUGAUCUCCGCCGGGUGUACCAUGAGACUGUUUGAGGCUCUGGAAGUUGGAGCCAUCCCGGUGGUUCUCGGAGAGCAAGUUCAGCUACCCUAUAAUGAUGUGAUCCGGUGGAACGAGGCAGCCUUAAUCAUACCAAAGCCACGUAUCACAGAAGUGCACUUUCUUCUGAGAAGCAUUUCUGACAACGAUCUGCUUGCCAUGAGGAGGCAGGGCCGCUUCUUGUGGGAGACCUACUUCUCCACCUCUGACAACGUGUUCAGCACAGUCUUAGCUAUCAUAAGGACUCGAAUUCAAAUCCCAGCUGCUCCUAUCCGAGAAGAAACUGCCGUGGAGAUUCCCCACCGGUCUGGCAAAGCUGCUGGUACAGACCCAAAUAUGGCAGACAACGGUGACCUGGACUUGGGGCCUGUAGAAACAGAACCACCCUAUGCAUCUCCCAAAUAUCUCCGCAAUUUCACGCUCACUGCAAUGGACAUCUACAGGAGUUGGAAUUCUGCUCCAGGGCCUUUUCACCUCUUCCCCUACACUCCCUUUGACCCUGUUUUACCAUCAGAAGCAAAAUUUUUGGGGUCUGGGACUGGAUUUCGACCAAUUGGUGGAGGCGCAGGUGGCUCUGGGAAGGAGUUCCAGGCUGCUUUGGGUGGCAACGUCCCCCGGGAGCAGUUCACAGUAGUGAUGUUGACUUACGAGCGGGAGGAAGUGUUGAUGAACUCCCUAGAAAGGCUCAAUGGUCUCCCGUACUUAAAUAAAGUUGUGGUAGUGUGGAACUCUCCCAAACUUCCAUCUGAGGAUCUCUUGUGGCCAGACAUUGGUGUCCCAAUCAUGGUUGUCCGCACAGAGAAAAACAGCCUGAACAACCGGUUCCUGCCGUGGGAUGAGAUCGAGACGGAAGCCAUCCUAUCCAUCGACGACGAUGCUCACCUGCGCCACGACGAGAUCAUGUUUGGGUUCCGUGUCUGGAGAGAGGCAAGGGACCGCAUCGUUGGCUUUCCGGGGCGCUACCACGCGUGGGAUAUCCCCCAUCAGUCCUGGCUCUACAACUCCAACUACUCUUGCGAGCUCUCGAUGGUGCUCACUGGUGCUGCCUUCUUCCAUAAGUACUACGCCUACCUGUACUCCUACGUGAUGCCGCAAGCCAUCCGCGACAUGGUGGAUGAAUACAUCAACUGCGAGGACAUCGCCAUGAACUUCUUGGUCUCUCACCUGACGAGAAAACCUCCCAUAAAGGUGACCUCCCGCUGGACUUUCCGCUGCCCCGGGUGCCCCCAGGCGCUUUCGCACGACGACUCUCACUUCCAUGAGCGACACAAGUGCAUCAACUUCUUCGUCAAGGUGUACGGGUACAUGCCCCUCCUGUACACCCAGUUCCGCGUGGACUCGGUCCUCUUCAAGACCCGCCUGCCCCAUGACAAGACAAAAUGCUUCAAGUUCAUCUAG